CCUUGCUGUAGCAGCCACAACCGCAGAGUACGUUCAUUUGACGCGUCUUGCUGGAGUCACCCAGGAUGUUCGCUUCCUUCGGAAACCCGCAGAACGCGGGUCAACAACCUCAACAACAGAGCGGGGCACCAGCCCCAUCUGGAGGACUCUUUGGUUCGACGAACAACGCGUCACAGCCAGCAACUGGUGGUACGUCUUUGUUUGGAAACCCUCAGCAGCAGGCACCGGGCGCUGGAGGGGGUCUCUUCGGGAACAACGCAGCCAACACGCAGACAACGGGCACUACGGGUGGCGGGCUGUUUGGGAGCACGAACACGAACACGCAGUCUGGAGGUGGAGGGGGGUUGUUCGGAAACACAAACCCGGCGAAUACACAGCCGGGAGGGGGAGGGCUGUUUGGAAACACGAACACGACGAACACACAACCUGGAGGCGGCUUGUUUGGAAGUACCAACACGACGAAUACACAGACGUCAGGCGGAGGUUUGUUUGGCAACGCGUCUGCACAACCAGCUGCUGGAGGGCUCUUCGGUAACCAACCUACUGCAGGAACAUCGACUGGCAACACAGGUAACCCGUUGUUCGGCAACGCAGGCUCAACGAACACUACAGGGAGUGGCCUCUUUGGGAACGCAGGAGGAGGAACGAACACUACGCAGCCUUCGGGUGGUUUGUUCGGAAACGCGAACGCGCCGAACAACACCGGUGCAACUGGUGGCCUGUUUGGAAACACAGGAGGGACGAACACCAACACGAGCGGCGGCUUGUUCAGCAACAACUCGACGAACGCGGCGCCCGCCCCGAGUGGCGGUCUUUUUGGCUCGUCGAACACGAACACGACCAACACCGGUGGUCUAUUUGGAAAUAAUACAAACCCCGCGCCAGCACCGUCAGGCGGUCUGUUUGGAAGCACAAACAAUGCGCAGAAUCAAGCCCCCGGUCUGUUCGGGAACCAGCCACAAGCAGGCCCGAGCACCAACCCGCUCUUCGGCGGCUCGACUCUCGGGCAGGCCCCUCAACAGCAGGCUCCUCAACAACAGCGGACGGGGCAGACGCAGGCAGACGCCCAAUCGCAGUUCGUCUCACUGCAGCAGCGGAUGGAGAGCAUCUACCACGCGUGGAACCCAGCGUCGCCGCAGUGUCGUUUCCAACACUACUUCUACAACCUGGUGGACCCGUCGCAGACGCCCAGACGCAACAAGCAGCGAUGCACCAAGAAAACUGAAGGAACUCCGUACACGGAUCCAAGCCCUAACUCAGCGCACGAGCUGUCAAACGCGUCGAGGCUGCAUCGCGCCGCGACGCUACAGACGCAGCUUACGCACCGCGUGCUGAAGAUUGUGCAACACCUGCACCUGCUGAUACCCGCCGUGCGCUCGUCCGCGAUCCGGCCAGAAGAGGAGGCUCUCCGCGCGGCCCUGGAAGAUAUCGAUCAGGAGAUCCGCCGACCUGGCGGGACAGGCAGGAUACGCGGCAAGCUGAACGAGCUCUGGGCGCUUGUUGGCGCCGUCACGGCGGCGCGGGAACGCGAUCGCAGGGCGGGCGGCGUCGAGUGGGCCGUCGUCGACGAGGAAGGGCUCCAGCAGCUUGCACAGAUUUUGGCGGAGGAGCAGGCGGGGCUGGCGCAUUUGACGAAGAUAUUGCAGAAAGAUCUGAAGGAUCUUGCCGUGAUCCAGGGACUGCGUAAAGGAGCAGGAACCGGACCUUUUAAUGAAUUCGACGUCGACGCUGCGAGGGAGCACUAUAUACUAGUUACUACCUGUUGUGCGUUUCUAACUUAUUGGAAGGGAUGCUGA